UCCUGGUGGGGCAGCAGCAGGAGGAAAUCUGUGCCGGCUGACUCCGCGGGUAGCCAUCGGUGCUGUGGCGGGAGAAAGCAGCCAUGAGGACUGCCCUGGUCUUUGCGUGCCUGGUGGGGAUGGCGUGCGCCUUCUCGGUCAAGAGCUGGCUGCGGCGAGCCAAGUCAGACGAUUCAGAAGAGAACGCGGUGUUCAAGAACAGGCACCGGUAUUACCUGUACAGAUACGCCUACGUGCAUCCCCCACAGCGACGGUACCAGGGCAGUGACUCUUCAGAGGAAGAGGGGGAUGGCUCAGAGGAGGAGGAGGAAGCGGGGGAGCCAUCCCAUGCUGGCACCGAGGCAGCUGGCCACCUCGCUGGAACAGCCCUUGGCGACUGCCAGGGCAGGCUGGGAGGAGAUGUUGCAUCACCUCAGCAGGGCAAGGGCUGCCAAGGGCCCCUGAAGGGGGUCAGGAACGGUGCUGCUGGCAAAGAGGGUGACUCUGAAAAUGAAGACAGCGAUGAGAAUGAGGAGGAGGAGGAGGAGGAGGAAGAAGAGAUAGCUGAGAAUGAGAAUGGUGUCAAUGGCACAAGCACCAACACCACCGAAGGGGGAGAGGGACCUCAUGGCAAUGGCACCACAGUGGCAGAGGAGGAGGAAGAGGAGGAGGAAGAAGAAGAGGAGGAGGGAGAAGAAGAAGAGGAGGAGGAAACUGAAGCCACCACUGUCGCCAGCACCACAGGUGAAGAGGGACUGUCCCAGGCGACCACCACGGGCGAUGGGGGACCCACGGAUGCCACCACAGCUGGGGAGCAGUGGGAGUACGAGGUGACGGCUGGGGGCCGUGGCCGGGGGGAUGAGGGCACCACGGAGGGCAGCUACGGGGAGCAGGAUGAGUACGCCCGCGGGGACAGCUACCGGGCCUAUGAGGAUGAGUAUGGCUACUACAAGGGGCAUGGCUAUGACGUGUAUGGCCAGGAUUACUACUACAGCCAGUGAGCCGGUGGGGGGGGAUGGCCCCGGUGCUGCUCCCUGCUUGCCUCAUCCCACUCAGGAAUGUGCAUAUGAAAGGCUCGCUGCAGCCACUGCUGCACACCAGAGAGGAUGCCAGGUGGCUCGUGGUGCACUCCAGCUCCAUCCCAGGCUUUUUUUUUUUUUUUUUUUUUUUUUUUUUUUU